GAAGAAGAAAAAAAAACGAGGAACCGGAAAAGGUGUUGACGCAGUUCGUUGUUGUCAGCAGCAGUGGCGGAGCUCUGAAGUGACACACACCGCCACCACAGACGCAGCAAAGCCCGUCGGCAGACCCGCGGAGCAGCGACACAUUUCACGGACCCUUCCGCUCCUGAGUGGAGGUUGCAGCCUCGUACGUCAUCACUGUCGAGUGUGUGUGUGUCAGCGUGUGCGUGUAGCGCCGCUCUGCAGCACUGUGUGUGAUGUCUUCAGAGCUGCUGGUGGAUUUGGGCGAAGACCCUGCUACUGCACAGCUCGGACAGCUGAAGCUGACCACGAUAGAGGACCAGCAGUGGCCCCCAGACGAGGCUACUCUCAGCAAGUCAGAGACGGACAUCUCCCAGCGCUUCGACAGUGGCUCUCCCCACCUCCCCUGGGACCAUCCCUUCUAUGACAUCGCCCGGCAUCAGAUCAUUGAAGUGGCAGGAGAUGACAACUUUGGCAGGAAGGUGAUCGUGUUCAACUCCUGCAGGAUGCCCCCUCAGCACCAGCUGGACCAUCACAGGCUGCUGAUGUAUCUUAAAGGAACACUGGAUCAGUAUGUGGAAAGUGACUACACUCUGAUCUAUUUCCAUCACGGGCUGACCAGUGAAAACAAACCAUCUCUCAGCUGGCUCCGAGAUGCGUACAGGGAGUUUGACAGAAAGUAUAAGAAGAACAUCAAGGCUCUGUACAUCGUGCACCCCACCAUGUUCAUCAAGACUCUGCUGAUCCUCUUCAAACCAAUCAUCAGUUUCAAGUUUGGCAAGAAGAUCAACUAUGUGAGCUACCUUAGCGAGCUGGAGGACGUGGUGAAGUGUGAGCAGCUGCUCAUCCCUGCGCGUGUCAAAGAGUACGACAACAAGCUGAGAGCGUCUCUGAAACCAUCUGCCCAGCCUCCUAUGUCCCCUCCUCGCAGCCCCCCGCUGCCCGACCAGGUGUUCGGGUUACCACUUGCACUGCUCAGAGAGAGGAGUUCAGACGGUGAUCCAGUUCCUGUGGUGAUGAGAGAUACGAUAACUUUCCUUUCAGAGCAAGGUUUGGAGAUUGAGGGGAUCUUCCGACGGUCAGCCAAUGUUACCCUGGUGAAGGAGGUCCAGCUCAAAUACAACUCAGGCACAGUGGUGAAUUUCAGAGAGAUUGAAGACGUCCACUUGGCUGCUGUGAUUUUGAAAACGUUCCUGAGGGAGCUGCCUGAGCCUCUGCUGACCUUCCAGCUCUACAACGACAUCGUCAACUUUGCCUCCGUAUCCAGUGACAACCAGGCGACCGCCAUGAAGACGCUGGUAGAGUCACUGCCAGAGGAAAACUACGCGUCGCUGCGAUACCUCAUCACGUUCCUAGCUCAGGUGUCAGCCAACAGUGAGGUGAAUAAGAUGACGAACAGCAACUUGGCUGUGGUGUUUGGGCCUAACCUGCUCUGGGGGCGGGACAACGCCAUGUCACUUAGUGCCAUUGGGCCAAUCAACAACUUCACCAGAACCCUGCUGGACCAGCAGCAUCUGAUCUUCACCUAAAGCAACGCAACCACUGUGACCCUCCCUCUCAUGCAGCAUUAAGUCUUGAGUUCAGCCCAGCUACUGACCAAUCGGGAGCCUCGUCAGGGUACUUCUCCACCUACUGCACUUAGACAGUCCCACCAAGUCCAUCUGCUUUUCAAUUAAACACCACAAAUAUCCUACAGACCAAUGCACUUAAUUUUGUCUCCGACCAGUCUUAACUAUCUGAUUGGCAGUUGUCACGAGGUGAAAGAUGAAAACAAAGAUUUUGUGGUAGAAAGUUAUCGUGCCACUAAAUUUCAUAAUUUGUAUAUUUUGCAAAAAGGUCAUUCUAAGUUGACUGACAGAGACGGUUGCUCUGCAGUGAGCGUCACAGGAUUGAUCCCAUACAUUUCCUUUCACGCAGCCUUUUAGAAUCUGUCAUCAGAGCUUCUCUUCUAACUCCUGACUCCUGAAUGGUUUGUGUGUUUUUAGUUCAAAUAGAUUGUGUUUGUUCAUAAUUGUAACUUAAAAUGAAGAUCUGGCCAUAUUUCAGGACUAUUUUAUUUUUGCCACAAUAGUACAUCUCUGAAUCUACCACCUCCCUUUACACCCAACAAGCCCUUCAGAGUGUCCAGUCCUAAAUGCAUGUGUGUACAAUCUUUUAUCUCCGUAGGAGGAUUACUAGCAGGGGACUUAGACGUCCUCAGUUUCUCUGUAUAUUGUGCCGUGCUGUUUGCCUGCUCCUUUCUAUGUUGUACCAAAAAACAUCCAGUGUCACAGAAAGACCCAGAGAGCAGGGGUGGUACAUAAUGUAUAACAGCUACAGGUAAUGAAAGAGUGCAGUUAUUAAACCUACAAGGAUUAUGAUCCCAGACUAAAGAGAGGAGAGAUGAAGAGAUGGAGGUCUCAGGUUAAACGUCGUGUGUGGACAAUCUAUGAGAUGCUGUAAAACAAAGAUGGAGCGGUGGAACGUGACCAGAGUUGAUCCUAUCAGCAGACAGAGAUCCGACCAAGUGUCAGAAAUAGAAACUCACGGCUGUGCAUGUAGAUGAAGCUAAUUCUACACAUUCUGGUGUCAGAGGACUCACUGCUGUACUGUACUUUAUCCUGAUGCUUUAUAUCUCUCUCCCCACUAUAUCUGACUUUGUAAUAAUAAUAUGAAUCAUUGUUAACUCGCCUCUGUCACAACAUGAUAACUCUUGUCAUAAUAUUGACUCACUAGGCCAUCAGAUGUUUUCGGAUCAUUAGGUGUCAUCAGAUGUCUCGGAUCAUUAGUUGUCAUCAGAGGAGCUGAUGGUUUUUCUAUGGUACGGGAUAAACAGGGGAUACAACUCUGUUUCAUAUAAAAUCUAAUAUUCAGUAGCACAAAAGUAGAAAAUACACAACCUUUUUUUUACCUCGGCGGCAGAAAGAACCAGCCUUUUGUUUUGAGUUUCCAUUAUUGCCCAUUGAUGCAAAAAGGGCCUGGAUGUUGACCUGUUGUCUGGAUGAACUCAGAGCGAUGUCCAUUUUCACAACCAGGACGACAACAGUCCCGCCUUCCCACCGCUCUUCGGGUCUUUUCCCCAAAUUGAUGGGCUUUAAGUGUUUAUAACGUAAAAAAUGUUUAAAACAUUUUGUGGGAAGCGCUGACAUUCACUGAUGGCUGUUUAGGCGGGAGGGGAAGAACAGCGAAGUGGAAACCGCUGGAUGGACGUAGUGGUUGUGUCUGAGGGAGAGGGCAGCAGAGUGUUGUGACUCUGCGGUGCCACGGCUUUUAAUGUAAAAAUGAUCACAAAUCAUCAGAAAACGGAGCCUCAGAGACAGAAACAGUCUUCAUGUCCCUGCCAAUUGAGACAGUGUAGAUUUAUCCUCCUCUAAUCUCUUGUUUUGAUGUAUUUGCUGCUCAUUACAGGAAGUGAUGAACUGUAAAAAACAUGAGGCAGUAGCAUUCAGUUUACAUGUGACCGACUUCAUCCCCUCAGGGUUUGUGUCGACCACACGUGCUUGCCACUAGAGCCAGACUGAUAUGGAUUUUUUUUUUUUUAAACAAACCAAUAUAUAUUUAAAAAAAUUGGCAAUUGUCGCUAUGAAACCCUAAAACGUUAUCACAGAUAAAUAAAAAUAAUAAGAAGAGUGCAGCUUUGGUACUCGUAGCUGACGUGCGUUUUGACGGAGACUUGUGAUAAUCUGAGAGUGGUUUUAUGAGUUAUUGUUGUGGAGCUUCUGCAGUCGUGCUGUGACGCCUCUGUGUGUGUUCUGGAUCACGUACUAGAUGAUAUCAUUUUGAAUAGAGGUUUUCUCCCCAGUUGCCUUUGGUUGUGCUUGAUGCUGUGCAAUAUAAUGGGGUUGUGUGAGGGGGGUCUGGGCGUGUGCCAUGUCCUCAUGGUGCUGGGUCCCUGUACCUGUGAGGUAUAAAAAACAACAACCUGUGUGGUUAUUUCAAAUAACCAAUCAGAACUAGACAGGUAGGACUGGUACACCAACAUGGCUUCUUGUCGUGUUCAUUUGUAUUAAUAUGGAACAGCAAUGAGGAGGCGGUGUCCGAGCUUUGCCUGAGGCACAGGUCGUCGCCAGUCAGAAUCCAGUAUUCUCUGCCGAGUAGUAAUUCUGGAACUAUCCUGACCUGUUACACUCUUGAGGUGCAUCGUCAAGCUUCAUAUUUACAUUAUCCAAAGCCUUAAUUUCAAGAGAGGACUUUUCAUUUUCUGCCAUCUGCCUCCAAAGUCGGCUCGUCCGAAGCUUUGCAUUCCGUGUCAAAUUCUCAACGAAGACUCGCGCUUCACGAGCUCAGUGAGCUGUUGUACUGCCCUGUAGUUGUUGAUCAGUAUGUGUUGUGUACAGCGGGAGGACAGAGUUACCCAUCUGUCCCGUGUGACCCGUAUCAGUUGUGUGAAGACUCUACAAGAGGCCAAAUGCUAUUGAAUCAGUUGACCUUCAUCUUGUCAAUGUUAAAAAGUCCUAUCAGUGAGUCGAUACUAGUGUUGUAAUGUUGUUAUGAUUCUUAUAAUGAAAUGUGACUGAAAAGCACCAAAACACCUGAGAUACAGUUUGACUGAAAGCUGGAACCUCCCCCCCUUCCAAAAAACCCUAAUGUUUACCUGUUGUAACUCCCAGUCAUGUCAAGACAUGCUAUUGGUGUAUAUAUGUGUGUGUGUGUGUGUGUGUGUGUAUUUGUACUUGCUUGUAAAUGCUGAUUCAUCUGGACCAAUUACAUUUGACAAGACAAAAUAUUUCUAACUGUUGUUUUAUAUAUAUAUAUAUAUAUAUAUAUAUAUAUAUAUAUAUGUAUAUAUGUAUACAUAUAUUAAUGUAUGUAUAUGUGUGUGUGUGUGUGUGUGUAUAUAUAUAUAAACUAGGGCUCUAUCAUGUAAGGUGUGUGUGAGUGCGUGUGUUGGUGAAAAUGUGGUAACUCAAUUCCUUUUUUUGAUUUUAUGAUUUGACAUAAUGGGAAGGAUUAUCUGGUUGGGAGCCAGGCUCUUAAAACACAAAACUGAAAGAAAAAAAAUAAUAACCUUUUUUUCUUAGCUUGUGAGAAAGUUUUUUUUUUAUUUGACUACAGCAACAUGUACAGUGUGUGUGUGUGUGUGUGCGUGUGCGUGUGUGCGUGUGCAUGCUCGUGCCUUAUUAGUUAACCCCCAAGCAAUGGUGUGAUGAGCCAUCACAGUGCCAGUGUGCCCGUUCUGCCAUAGACUUAAACAACAGGAGGUGCGUUCAACACAUCUGCGGCGUUUGUAUGUUACAUAGUGGUCAAACAGUAUGUUACUGUAUGAAUGUGUCCUGAAGAGGAACACACACAGGGGACGGUCGAACUUCCGUCCAAACUAGUCAGCUUGUUGAACACAGCUCAACUGUAAUGGAAAAUCACAGGCUUAUAGAAACGUUAUGAAAUAUGAAAACCAUAACUUCUGCAUAUAAUAAAUCGUAGUAUUUUGACAUGAAAAAAUGUUCACCUUAAUCUCAGAAUUUUAUAAUUUUCUUCCAGCAAAUUAUAAUUUACCUUUAAUUUCCUGAGAAAACUCGUUAUUUUAUGUUCAGUUUUCAAACGUUCAGAGCUUCAUCAGCAUCAAGUUAACCCACCAAUAAUUUAUCAUUCUCACAUGUAUUCAAAUAAUCAAAUUCAUCUUUUUUGUUUCUGGUGUACAAGAGUGACACACAAUGCUCUCUUCACUAUAUACUAUGACGUAUUACUUUAAAUUUUAUGGCAAAUGCAACCAAGUACAAUUUCUGUUUGCUUCAUUUCUAUAAUGACGUUUUCCUUAACUCUGCUGAUACAUUACAGCCCCGUCUAAUCUAUGGAUCUUUGUACUGUAACUGUUGUCAUGGUGACAGUGAACAAUAUUUCUCCAUGAGAGAAAUUAUUCGGUUUCCUGCCUGAUCUAUUGAUACGUAGUGAUUUUAUUUUCUUAACUCUUAAAAUUGUUUCAUCCUUUACUUUUGAUAUGUGGAUCUUAAGUCUUAUAUAUGUGUAAUAUAAUGGUAGUAUACUGUAAUAUCACUAUGUGCAAACAAUAAACGAAUGGUGAAUGAAA